AUGUCGUUCAAUUUCCCUAAGUUCAGCCUCCAGUCACUCCAGGACUCGCUUCCCUCCGUGGACCUGGUCAAGGAGUCGUUUUCCAAGGUCAACACCACCAAAACUGUUGACCUGUUCAAGGAGUCUCUCCAGCCAUUCACCUCCAAAACCACCCAAUUGAUAUCGUCCCAGUUGCACCAAGUGCAACAGUUGGCAUCGUUGAACGUGGCGUCCAACAUCGAGAUCAGCGAGUUGCCUGCCGACUACUUGGAGUUGGAGACCAACUGCGAUCUCUUGUUGAAGUUGUACACCGACUUGAUUGUGGUCACUGAUAACACCUACGCCAAGGUGUCGUACGACUAUCCACCUGGCAACUACGCACUCACUAAGUUGAAGGACGCCAACGUGGGUGGCAUCAUUGGCUCCAAAUUCCAGCAGUUGAGAAACGUCUCCUCUCCCCAGGAGUUGGAGAAGAUCCUCUUGGGUUCCUCUGACGAUCAACAAGAGGACACGCACGUCCAGACAACCUCCGCGGCCAUCCCCAGGACCUUGUACGGACAAUUGUCUGUGAUUUCCCAGAAGCAUAGCGACGAAUUGAAGGCUUCUGACAACGCGUUGUCGUUGGCUCUCCUCCAAGUGUCCUCAGCUUACCACGAAAUUGCGGCCGCCAGAUUGGACCAGGACAAGCACAUCAUGGACGAGUUCAAUGCCAAGUUGGUCGCCAUCUUGAACGACCAGUUCGUUAAGGUCAACGAGUUGCGCAAGCGUGUGUACUCUACCAGAUCCGAGUUCGACGUGCUCAGAGCCAAGUUCAGCGACGAAGAGGAGCAGGAGAACGAGGAGUUGAUCGCCAAGGAAGAUGAGUUGGUCAGUGCCACCGAGGAGGCCGUUUUGGAGAUGAAGAAGUUGUUGAAGCCUUCCAAGAACGUCAACUUGUUGAAGGUUUUCGUCAAGGCCCAGAAGGAGUGGUUGGAAUUAAGUGCCAAGAAGCUCGACGCGGUCUUGUCCAGCUUGGACAAGAUCGAUUUCGACGAGGAAGACGACCUCGAGUAG